AUGCUGUCCUCUUGCUGCACAACUCAGCUUGCACUUUGGCAUGAGAUCGUGUCUAAAUGUCACAAGGCGGCCAACCCGAUGAACCAACAUGUUGACUAUAUUCGAAAGCGUUUCGAUGAACUCGAUGCGGGAGGAUUCACUUGGUCAAAAGAAUCUAUGCUUGACAUCUUUCUGCAACUCGGUCAAUCAGAAAACCCCCAUGGCUCCUUCUCAUCUGUCAGCGACUUAUCCGAAUCUCGCGUUUUCCAUGGAAUCGAAAUUUCAUCCGAUCAAGUUCAAAAUGUAUUAGAGUUUCCUACUUUACUUCCGGCACCCAUAGAUCUAUGGACCGAAGAUAUUCUUUGUAAACGAGGUUCCCAUGUCCGAUCUCUUGUACUCAAUCUCUCCGAAAACUGCAGCAAAGCUCCUGGUGAAUUCGCAUAUGAUCACUUCUAUGAUAAUCUCAUCCCUGAAUCCCAAACCGAGUCCGAAUUGAUCUCACCAAAGAACGCCAGAGAGUUGAUCAAUCGGUGCCCCAACCUCUCUGGGCUGGAUCUUUAUUACCACUAUGAAGAACUAGAUGAAGACACAGGUGGAACAGAAGUUUUUUUAUCAAACCUAAUUCCAUUAUUGUCAAGUCUUCAACAACUUACGCAUCUUUCAUUCGGGUCUCAAACGCUGAUAUCGAAGGAAUUCCCAUCAAAAGUUGUUGACAACCUACCUUUGCUGGAGUCACUUACGGUUUGUAUCAGUACAUCACCUGAUGGCGACGAUUCCUUUGGAUUUAAUCUAUCCAAACUCAAAUAUUUAUCGCGACUGACAUUAUGGUUCAAUGGAGAUAUAGAUGAAACCUGGUGUCUCUACAAUUGGCCAAGAACCAUCACACAUCUCGAAAUGUACAAUUGUGAUAAAUUGAUGCCAAGUGCAGCCCUUAGGAUCACUCAUCACAUUGCACCUUACGUGACGAAUCUCAUGCUUCGCUUCUAUUGUAAGGAGGAUGGCACCUGGGAAGACGAUCCUAGUUGGAACCCCCAUAGUCCUCUAUCUUUCCCAAAUUUAACCCACUUGGCGCUUGGUAGCGGGAACGCGAACUUGCUGGACAGCUUCCGAGAUUGUAUAUCUUUAGGAUCUCUUGACUGGACUUACUGGACAUCAGAACAUUGCAUUUCACUAAAUAAGACUCUGUCUGAUGCUAGAUGGCCUCGUCUCAAGAAGCUGGAGAUAAAUAAUGUUUCUGAAUUCAAACACAAAAUGGUACUUAUCACAAGCAGUCCAACCACUGCAACUUCUGAACUUCUGAAGUUGAAUUGUUGCAAGCAUAGCCGACAAGCAAUAACCGGUCACGUUUGGGGAUCCGGUCCCGGUGGUGAACGAUAA